AUUUGCGCCCAAUUCAGUAUUAUGCGUCACCGUAACUUCUUUUAAAUAUCUCUUAAAUUCGGAUUUUAAAUGAUUAAUUUAUUUACUCAUGUGAAUAAAUUAUUAAUUCAUAAAGAAUCUAUAGUGAUUAAUCAAAUUAGAAAUAAAAAAUAUUAUCGUCAUUGGUGGAUACCAUUUCAUUUGAAUGAUUUUCAAACAAUUACACAAUCCAAAUUAAAUUCUUAUGAUCAAUGGAAUCAUGAAUGGUUGAAUUCAAAUCUUCCAAUAGAAUUAAAAUAUUUCGAUAUAUCUCGUCUUCCAUCUCAUUUAAAAACAAGAAUAAAACCAAACAAAAAUUUUUUUCAAUUAAUUUAUCAUAAAGAAAGAACAGAAGAUUAUCAAAGACGUUUAUUUGGUGAAUAUGGAUUACAAUGUAAUAUUAAUCCAGCAUUAUUAUUUAUGAAUGAACAUGAAAUACUCUAUGAAAAAACAAAAGAAAAUCUAUUAGAAAAUUCUAUUUUAGAUAUAGUUCAUAUGAAUAAAGAACAAAAGAAUCAAAUAAGAUUAAAUAAUGAAACAUUAAUGUUAAAAAUCAAGAAAAAUUUAAAUAAAAUGCCUGAAUUAUUAAAAAAAUUUCAUGAACAAGAAGAAAAACAAUUAUCUAUGAAUAAUAUGAAAAAGGAUAAAAUGAAAAUGUUUAUGGAAGAGGCAAGAGAUCGUUUUGGUUUUUAUCCAAGUAGAAAAGAUCCAAAAUUUAUCAAAUUAAUUUAUGAAUCGGAUGAACAAAAUAAAUCGGAACGUAAACAGAAAAAGAAAUAAAUAUGUAUGUAUCUAUGUGUUUUAUAGUAAUAAAUUCAUUUAGUAUUGU